CGCCGCCGGUUGCGCACCCUAUCGAUGGAGUCGCGACGAUUCUCCAUGUCAAGGGCGCUCCAUGAUCCAUUCACUCGCAUGAGGCCGGUUUCGGUCUGCGGUCUUGGCCGAGGUGUUACUUGUCGCUCGACGAUUGAUUCCUCUCCACCAUUCAUCUCAAUGACUGUUAACCUAUCUUCAUACCCAGUAUAUAUCGAUAAUCUCAGCUUGUGUACUCUGCUCCUAUUGCGCAACACCGGCACUCAUCUACUUCCCACUCAACUAGUCAAGCUCGCGACGCAGUUCCCCUCCUUCCAUAGAUCUUCCAGUCGACCAGGUUGACACAAGCCGUAGCGAUGGCUGCUGCACCACACCAUCCUUUCGACCCUCUCACGCCCGAUGAGAUAUCGAGAGCCUCGAAGGUCGUUCGCCCGCACUUUGGCGGGCAAGAUCCUAACUUCCGGGUGGUCACACUGCUUGAGCCGGCUAAGAAGCAGAUGAUCCCUUACCUUGAGAAGGAACAGAAGAAGCAACCACUGGGUCAUGUACCAACGCGAUACGCUAGAGUCGAGGUCGCCGUUCCGGGUGCCAAGUCUGGGAAUGAGCUCUUCGAGCUUGUCGUCGAUCUCGACAAGGACAAGGUGGCCCGGAAACAGCACAUGAAGGGGAAGCAUUCGUACAUUGACGCCGACUACAUGAAGGCAGUCGAAAAUGCCUGUCUCGCAAACGAAGAAGUGCAGGCGGAGAUUCGCACCCUUGAACUGCCAGCUAACAGCAUGGUGGUCGUCGAGCCAUGGGCUUACGCCACCGAUGGCAUGAAUGAUAUGACCGAACGAGUAACGAUGUGCUGGUUCUAUCUCCGGUUACUGGAGAGUUCAGAUGCAAAUUACUACGCCUAUCCCUUGGAUGUUUGCGCUGAGGUUUCGGAAGCACUUCAAGUCACAAAAGUCUAUCGUCUACCCACAAAGCCUCAUGAAAGAAUAAACCAUGAAAAGAAGCCUUUUGAUCGUCGGAGGAUUCAUUCCACUGCGGCAAGCGAAUACCAUCCCGAUCUAAGGCCAGCACCCAGAGCGACAACCAAGCCAUACCAAGUCGUCCAGCCUGAAGGCCCUUCUUUCAAGAUCCAGGGCAACCAUCUUAGUUGGGAGAAAUGGACCUUCCGUGUUGGGUUCAAUUAUCGAGAGGGCCUGACCUUGCAUGACGUUCGUUACGAUGGACGAAGCCUGUUCUACCGACUCUCCCUAGGCGAGAUGUUCGUGCCCUACGGUGAUCCGCGCGCUCCGUAUCCUCGAAAGGCCGCGUUUGACCUCGGGAAUGACGGUGCGGGCAUUAACGCCAACAACUUGCAGCUUGGUUGCGACUGCUUGGGAACUAUCAAGUACUUUGAUGCCUACCACAACACCCCCUCGGGUGAGCCAUUGAAGCUGCCCAACGUUGUAUGCUGUCAUGAGCAAGACGAUGGAAUCCUAUGGAAGCACACUAAUUUCCGCACCCAGAACCCUGUCGUUACUCGUUCUCGCAUUCUUGUGCUACAGACAAUAAUCACCGUCAGCAACUACGAGUACAUUUUCGCCUGGCACUUCGGUCAGGAUGCUUCUAUCUCUUACGAGGUCCGCGCCACCGGGAUUCUCUCCACAGUCCCAUCCGACAUUGAUGUUAAGGAGAGGAUUCCCUACGGAACGGUCGUGGCGCCAGGAGUCCUUGCACCUUACCAUCAACAUCUCUUCAGUCUACGAAUCGACCCAGCGAUUGACGGACACGCCAAUUCCCUUGUCGUCGAGGAGUCCAAGCCGCUUCCCAUGGAUGAUCCUCUUGUCCACAAUCCCUUCGGCGUGGGUUACGUCACAGAAAGCCAUAUAGUUGAGGAGGAGGGCGGCUUCGACCUUGACUUCACAAAGAACCGAACCUUCAAGUUCGUCAACGAGAACAAGACGAACCCAAUCACAGGAACCCCAGUCGGGUUCAAGCUUAUGCCCUUCUACAGCCAAAAGCUACUGUCACAUCCCGAGUCAUUCCAUGCCAAACGGUCUGAGUUUGGCGAGCAUGCUGUAUGGGUAACCCGGCACGAAGACCACGACCACUUCCCAGCUGGAAAGUACACCAUGCAGUCUUCUGGUGGCGACGGAUUGGCUUCUGCUAUUGAGAAACGCAGAAAGACGGGCACAGCGCAAUCCAUUCGAAACCAGGAUCUUGUUAUCUGGCACACGUUCGGGUCGACACAUAACCCUCGCAUUGAGGACUGGCCGGUCAUGCCCAAUGAGAAGCUGAUGGUGGGCUUGAAGCCAGUCAAUUUCUUCACAGGAAACCCUGCGUUGGACGUCGCCGUUUCGACGCAAGACAAGAACAAGAGUGUGCUGUACAAUGAAGAGGAGUCAAAGAACUCAUCCUGCUGUUCAUCGAGGCUGUAAAAGUAAAUUAAAAGAGAAGAGUCGUCGAAUGCAGUUGUGGAACUUAUCGACGUCGAGCUUGCGUACUGUUCGUCUUAUCAGAAACCCACUGCAGCUCCCCAGUCCC